GAUAGAAACAUGUGCAAGAUGAUAUAGCCUACAUAACUCUUUCACAGAGGAGAGGUUAGUCCAGACAGCAAAGUUAGAGAUAGAAAAAUGGUAUUAAUAAAGUUAUCAUCUCUAGUCUCAGCAGUAUCGUAUGGACAGGCUUUCUUAGGUCUGUGUAGUUUACUUAUUUCCCUUAUUGUUAUAUUGCUGAUCCGGCAGCUUGUCAAGCAGAGGAGACCCCGAGGAUUCCCUCCUGGACCGUCACCUAUCCCUGUCAUAGGGAACAUUAUGUCUCUAGCAACAGAACCGCACGUCUUUAUGAAGAAACAGAGUGAAAUCCAUGGGCAGGUACGGUACUUACCUUAUUGUGUCAAAAUGUCUUGACUAACCCUCGGCAUUUUUUUGUGUUGGCUACUUGUGUGCACACCCAUGAAGGCUAGUUUGCUUGUGUUCAAGCCGGUUUAACUCUUGCGGUUUAGCCUAUUGAGUGUUGCUUUAUGAAUACGGAUUUUUGCAUUACAAUAGAUGUAUUUUAUAUAUUACAAAACAUAAUCUCAAAGUCGCUUUAAUUUCAUUGGUGGAAAACAGUGCUUAAUAAAGUUUGUAAUGCAUCAUCCGGCAUACACACACAUACCAGAAUUCCUAAGUGUGUCAAAGGUUACUUAGGGUGGACGCUCCAUUCUUGUCCCUACAUCCUGCCUUGCGUCAGCCUAGAAAAAAAACUCAGAAAAGUGAACAAAGGAGGCUCGGUAUUCGCAAAGUUUUGGCAGGCUCCAGCUGCGCUUGCAGGGUUUCGAAAAAUUGCCAAGGUCUGCUUAGUCAGCAUGCCUCAGCAAAUAGAGUCAGACUGCAGUGAGGACUACUUGCCUAUCUCUAGACUAGCCUAAUACAUAAUUUGCAGUUGAGAUGUUAUGUCAUACUGGACUAUAGUCUACUUUCUGGACCUAUAGUCAUAUUCUCAAAAUUCCCAAAUUAAACAUAUUUAGGGAAAAUAAAUGGCAUAUUAUCUUGGAUGUGUAUUUAUUCAAGUAUUUUAUCUAAGAUUUUCAGUCUUGAUUUGGGAGGCUACUCAACAGUGGUGCUGAAUGGAUAUGAUGCCAUCAGAGAAUGCCUGUACCACCAGAGUGAGGUCUUUGCUGACCGGCCAUCUCUGCCUUUAUUUAUGAAAAUGACCAAAAUGGGAGGUAAGAAAGUCAGUUAUAAGGUAUUCUGAAAUAUGCACAUUAUGACAUUGUUAUAUUGUUAUUAGUUAUUACAUGCAAAUACAAGCUUGGUUUUAUCCAACUCUCUAGGCUAUUUGAUGGUAUUGAAAUCAAAAUAGGUCCACAUAUCCUGAAAAUAAUAUUCAGUAUCUUCACACAUGCUCAGUAAGGUCUCAUUAUGUCUGCUCUAAUCUCAAUAUCUUCCUUCUCAGGACUUCUGAAUGCUAAAUUUGGCAGAGGAUGGAUUGAGCAUCGUAAACUGGCCUGCAACUCCUUUCGCUACUUUGGCAGUGUUCAGAAGCCCCUCGAACAGAAGAUCUUGGAAGAGUGCAUGUUUUUUGUGGAUGCCAUCGAUGAGCACAAAGGGAAACCCUUUAACCCAAAGCACCUGGUGACCAAUGCUGUGUCAAACAUCACCAACCUCAUCAUCUUCGGCGAGCGUUUCACGUAUGACGACUGUGACUUCCAGCACAUGAUCGAGAUCUUCAGUGAGAAUGUGGAGCUGGCCGUCAGCGGCUGGGCCUUCCUUUACAACGCCUUCCCAUGGAUCAAGUACCUCCCCUUCGGAAAGCACCAGAAGCUGUUCCGCAAUGCAGCCAAGGUCUACAACUUCCUGGAGCAGAUCAUCGGGCGCUUCUCAGAGGGCAGAGUGUGCCAAGCCCCGCGCCACUACAUCGAUGCCUACCUGGACGAGUUGGAGCAGAGUGCUGGCGACUUGGGCACCACGUUUUCCAGGGAGAACCUGAUCCACUCUGUGGGCGAGCUCAUCAUCGCAGGCACGGAGACCACCACCAACACCCUACGCUGGGCCAUGCUCUACAUGGCCCUCUACCCCAACAUCCAAGGUCUGUGUGCUGCCUUAUAGCACAGUAGGUCAGGGUCAAUGCCUUGUUCUUACUCAGGCCUCAUAGCACCCUGCCUUGUCCUCACUGUAGGUCUCAUAGCCCUGCCUUGUCCUUACUGUAGGUCUCAUAUCACCCUGCCUUGUCCUUACUGUAGGUCUCAUAGUCCCCUGCCUUGUCCUUACUGUAGGUCUCAUAGUCCCCUGCCUUGUCCUUACUGUAGGUCUCAUAUCACCCUGCCUUGUCCUUACUGUAGGUCUCAUAGUCCCCUGCCUUGUCCUUACUUAGGUCUCAUAGUCCCCUGCCUUGUCCUUACUGUAGGUCUCAUAGUCCCCUGCCUUGUCCUUAUCCUUAGGUCUCAUAGUCCCCUGCCUUGUCCUUACUGUAGGUCUCAUAGUCCCCUGCCUUGUCCUUACUGUAGGUCUCAUAGUCCCCUGCCUUGUCCUUACUGUAGGUCUCAUAGUCCCCUGCCUUGUCCUUAUCUGUAGGUCUCAUAGUCCCCUGCCUUGUCCUUACUGUAGGUCUCAUAGUCCCCUGCCUUGUCCUUACUGUAGGUCUCAUAUCUCAUAUAACCUCAUCGUGUCAAGUGGCGCAAAAGACCUCCACAAGGUCCCUCCAUCUCUUCCUGUCCUGGGCUAUUUUAUAUCUCUUUUCAAAUGAGUCCUAUUCUGGUAUUAAGCUCAGUUUCAACGGUUCGCUAACAGGUCAUCCUUGGUCUUUCUUUUUCCUCUUCUCCUCCGGUGUCCAGUAAAGGGACUUGCCAUGUCCUUAUUUAACCUUUCUCCAAGCCAUAAUACACAGCAACUUGUAUUUGCAUAGGUUAGAUAACUAAGGUAUAGUUUGUUUGUGAACUUUUUAUAGAUUUUUUGGUUUCAACUGUACAAAGGUAUACACUCCCUCCCCUUGGACAGUGAAGCUACAAUUGUAAAUGUGUCUCCAUACUCCACCAUUUUAGAUUUGAGAUCAAAUAUUUCAUAUUAGGUGACAGUACAGAAUGUCACCUUUUAUUUGAGGGUAUUUUUUUAAAUAUAUAUAUAUGUUUUACAGUUUAGAAGUGAAAGCACUUUAUGUAGCUAGUCCCGCCAUUUGAAGAUGUCAUAAGUAUUUGGACAUGUUCACUUAUAGUGUUUUAAAGUAGUCAAAAAUGUAGUAUUUGGUCCCAAUUCCUUGCACACAAUGACUACAUCAAGCUGUGACUUUACAAACUUGUUGGAUGCAUUUACAGCUUGUUUUGGUUGUGUUUCGGAUUAUGUUUGGCCCAAUAGGAAGUGAAUGGUGAAUAAUGUAAUGUGUAAUUUUGUAGACACUUUUAUUCUAAGUAAGUGGUAGCAUCCAUUAAUGAUGAAUCUCAUCAUGCAGCCUUACAAUGUAUUAAAAAUCCAAACAUAUAGCCCAAUGUUUGUAGAACAACUACAUUUACAUGAAUAACUCUAAAUUAAUUGUCUCCAAACCUAUUUAUUUGUUAACUGCUCAACACAGAAUAGCCUCAUGUGCGCACUCCCUCAAAUCAUUUGGAGACAAUAUUUAUAUUUUAUUCAGCUUUGUUCAAUUGUAUUCUUCAUACUAUAAAAUAAUGCCACAGAAUUAUAAGCAAAUCUUGUCUGCUAAAUGAACUAGUGUAGCCCACAGCCAUUUGGCAUAGCCAGAUCAGGACCUAACAUAAGGACAACUCAGAGAUGCUAAAUGUGUUUAUGUUAAUUAACGGUCAAUUACCGUGAGACAGUUAUUUGCUUGACAAUCACCGGCUGACGAAAUAUCGUGACCGCCACAGCCCUAAUGCUACCGUGAUUAUGGAUAUCAUGAAUUAGAAAUAAAAUUACUCCAGUCAUCAUCCAUCAUUCAUUUCUAUUGGGCAAAACAUUACCCCAAAAAACAACCAAAACAAACUCAAAAUGCAUCCAACGAGUGUGUAGAGUCACAAGCUUGAUGUAGUCAUUGCAUGCUAGAAAUAUGGGACCAAUACUAAACAUUAGACUGCUUUAAUACACUAUAAGUGAAUUUGUCCAAAUACAUAUGACAUCUUCAAAUGGGAGGACUAGAUAUGUAAAUAUAUAUGAAAAUACCCUCAAAUGAAAGGUGACAUUCUGUACUGUCGCCUCAUAUGAAACAUUUGAUAACAAAUACAAAAUGCUGGAGUAUAGAGCCAAAUGUAAAAAUUUUGCUUCACUGUCCAAAUACAUAUGGAGGGUGUAUGUUUGUUUGUAAUCAAUAAUAGUUGAGUAAGCAACUUUCAUUUGCACUGUGUCUAAGUUUGGAUUGAUAAUUGUGUUAACUUUUUUUGAUUGAUUUUUGUUUCAACUAUUUCUCUACUAAGGUAUACACUGAGGGUACAAAACAUUAUGCUCUUUCAGUGAUAUAGACUGACCAGGUUAUUGAUGUCACUUGUUAAAUCCACUUCAAUCAGUCAAAUCAAAUGUAUCUAUAAUGCCCUUUUUACAACAGCAGAUGUCACAAAGUGCUUAUACAGAAACCCAGCCUUAAACCCCAAACAGCAAGAAAUAAUAUAAUAAUAAUAUGCCAUUUAGCAGACACUUUUAUCCAAAGCGACUUACAGUCAUGCGUGCAUACAUUUUUGUGUAUGGGUGGUCCCGGGGAUUGAACCCACUACCCUGGCAUUACAAGUGCCGUGCUCUACCAGCUGAGCUACAGAGAAAUGCAGAUGUAGAAGCACGGUGGCUAGGAAAAACUCCCUAGAAAGGCAGGAACCUAGGAAGAAACCUAGAGAGGAACCAGGAUCUGAGGUGUGGCCAGUCCUCUUCUGGCUGUGCCGGGUGGUGAUUCUAAGAGUAUGAAAAUGUAUGCACUCACUACUGUAAGUCGCUCUGGAUAAGAGCAUCUGCUAAAUGACAAAAAUGUACAAAUGUAAUUGUACAUGGCCAGUAAGACCAGAUCGUUCUUCAAGAUGUUAAAACGUUCCUAGAUGACCAGCAGUAUCAAAUAAUAAUGACAGUGGUUGUAGAGGGUGUAACAGGUCAGCACCUCAGGAACAAAUGUCUGUUGGCUUUUCGUAGUCGAGCAUUCAGAGGUCGAGACAGCAGGUGAGGUAGAGAGAGAGAGGGAGGGAGGGAGAGAGAGGGUCAAAAACAGCAGGUCCCGGACAAGGUAGCACGUCCGGUGAACAGGUCAGGGUUUAAUUGUAACUGGAUCAGCAGCACGAAAAGGUAGCACGUCUGGUGAACUGGUGAAGGUUCCAUAGCCACAGGCAAAACAGCAGAAACUGGAUCAGCAGCACGACCAGGUGGACUGGGGACAGCAAGGAGUCAUCAGGCCAGGUAGUCCUGAGGUAUGGUCCUAGGGCUCAGGUCCAGAGCGAGCGAGAGCGAGAGCGAGAGAGGAGAGAGAGAGAGAGAGAGAGAAAAUUAGAGGGAGUAUACUUAAGUUCACACAGGACACCAGAUAAGACAGGAGAAUUUCACCAGAUAGGACAGACUGACCCAAGCACCCCGACACAUAGACUAUUGCAGCAUAGAUACUGGAGGCUGAGACGGGGAGGUGGGGGGUCAGGGGACACUGUGGCUCUGUCCGACGAUACCCCCGGACAGGGCCAACCAGGCAGGAUAUCACCCCACCCCCUUUGCCAAAGCACAGCCCCCACACCACUAGAGGGACAUCAACAGACCACCAACUUACUACCCUGAGACAAGGCUGAGUACAGCCCACAAAGAUAUCCUCCACCACACGAGCCAGAGGGGGCGCAAAACCGGACAGGAAGAUCAUGUCAGUGACUCAACCCACACAAGUCGAGUAUAGUGAAAAAAGCCUGCCACUACGUGACACACCCCUCCUAGGGAUGGCAUGGAAGAGCACUAGUAAGCCAGUGACUCAGCCCCCGUAAUAAGGUCAGAGGCAGAGAAUUCCCCGGGGAGAGACGGAAGCCGGCCAGGCAGAGACAGCAAGUGCGGUUCGUCACUCCAGUGCCUUGCCGUUCACUUUCGCACUCCUGGGCCAGACUACACUCAAUCAUAUGACCUACUGAAGAGAUGAGUCUUCAAUAAAGACUUAUAGGUCGAGACCGAGUCUGCGUCUCUCACAUGGAUAGGCAGACCAUUCCAUAAAAAUGUUGCUCUAUAGGAGAAAGCCCUGCCUUCAGCUGUUCGCUUAGAAAUUCUAGGGACAAUAAGGAGGCCUGCGUCUUGUGACCGUAGCGUACGUGUAGGUAUGUAUGGCAGGACCAAAUCGGAGAGAUAGGUAGGAGCAAGUCCAUGUAAUACUUCGUAGGUUAGCAGUAAAACCUUGAAAUCAGCCCUAGCCUUAACAGGAAGCUAAAAAGUAGAGAGGCUAGCACUGUAGUAAUAUGAUCACAUUUUGUGGUUCUAGUCAAGAUUGUAGCAGCCGUGUUUAGCAGUAACUGAAGUUUAUUUAGUGCUUUAUCCGGAUAGCCAGAGUAGAGCAUUACAGUAGUCUAAUCUAAAAGUUACAAAAGCAUGGAUUAGCUUUCCUGCAUCAUUUUUGGACAAAAGGUUUCUGAUUUUUUGCAAUGUUACGAAGAUGGAAAAAAGCUGCCCUUGAAAUAUUCUUGAUACGUUCGUCAAAAGAGAGAUCAGGGUCCAGAGCAAUGCAGAGGUCCUUCACAGUUUUAUUUGAGACGACUGUACAACCAUCAAGAUUAAUUGUCAGAUCAAACAGCAGAUCUCUUUGUUUCUUGGGACCUAGAACUAGCAUCUCUGUUUAAAAAGUUUAAAAGUAAAACAUUUGCCGCCAUCCACUUCCUUAUGUCUGAAACACAGGCUUCCAGGGUAGGCAAUUUUGGGGCUUCACCAUGUUUAAUCGAAAUGUACAGCUGUGUGUCGUCUGCAUAGCAGUGAAAGUUGACAUUGUGUUUCCGAAUGACAUCACCAAGAGGUAGAAUAUAUAGUGAAAACAAUUGUGGUCCUAAAACGGAACCUUGAGGAACACUGAAACGUACAAUUGAUUUGUCAGAGGACAAACCAUCCAAAGAGACUAAAUGAUAUCUUUCCGACAGAUAAGAUCUAAACCAUGCAAGAACUUGUCCGUGUAGACCAAAGAGGGUUUCCAAUCUCUCAAAAAGAAUGUGGUUGAUCAAUGGUGUCAAAAGCGGCACUAAGGUCUAGGAGCACGAGGACAGCUGCAGAGCCUUGGUCUGACGCCAUUAAAGGGUAUUUUACCACCUUCACGAAUGCAGUAUCAGUACUAUGAUGGAGCAUUUCGUAUACAUUAUUUGUCUUCAGGAAGGCAGUGAGUUGCUGCACAACAGCUUUUUGUAAACAUUUUGAGAGGAAUGGGAGAUUCGAUAUAGGCCGAUAGUUUUUUUAAUUUUCCAGGUCAACGUUUGGCUUUUUCAGGAGAGGCUUUAUUACUGCCAUUUUUAGUGAGUUUGGUACACAUCCGGAGGAUAGGGAGACGUUUAUUAUGAUUAAAAUAGCAGGGCCAAGCACAGGUAGUAGCUCUUUCAGUAGUUUAGUCGAUUAGGCAGCUGGACCCUAUUCAGUGUAGAACAAGGGGAGGAGACAGGUUAAAGAAAGAUUUUGAAGCCUUGAGACAAUUGAGACAUGGAUUGUAUAUGUGUGCCAUUCAGAAAGUGAAUUGGCAAGACAAAAUAUUUAAGUGCCUUUGAAGGGGGUAUGGUAGUAGGUGCAAGGCACACCGGUUUGAACCGCAACACUGCUGGGGUUUUCACACUAAACAGUUUCCUGUGUAUUUUAAGAAUGGUCCACCACCCAAAGCACAUCCAGCCAACCUGACACAACUGUGGGAAGGAUUGGAGUCAACAUGGGCCAUCAUCCAUGUGGAACGCUUUCAACACCUGGUAGAGUCCAUGCCCCGACAAACUGAGGAUGUUCUGAGGGUAAAAGGGGGUGCAACUCAAUAUUAGGAAGGUGUUCUUAAUGUUUUGUACACUCAGUGUAUGUCUGUAGAUACUAGAUAAGAGUCGAGGAAGCAGAUAGAACACUGUGAUGAUAAGGUAUUGACAGUGUGCUGCUGGUGUUUCCUCUGUGUAGAGAAGGUGCAUAAGGAAAUUAACAGUGUGAUGGGCAGUGGGAAGUCCCCCACGCUGGAGGACAAACAGAGGAUGCCCUAUGUGGAAGCAGUGCUACACGAGGUCCUGCGCUUCUGUAACAUCGUGCCCCUGGGCAUCUUCCGCGCCACCACUCAGGACACACUGGUGAGCGGCUACACCAUCCCCAAGGGCACCAUGGUCAUCACCAACCUGUACUCUGUGCACUUUGAUGAGAAGUACUGGUGCGACCCUGGAACCUUCUCACCACAGCGCUUCCUGGACAGCAAUGGAAACUUUGUCCGACGGGAAGCAUUCCUACCCUUCUCUCUGGGUGAGUCUGGCUUCUUUCCACUCUCAGGCCCCCAAAGAGAGUAGCACACUGUCUCUCACACACAUACUGUACACACCCUCUCACUUGAAUGCCUCUCCUCUUGCCUAAUCCAAAUGGUAAUGCUUAAAUACAGGGUUUAAUAGUCAUCAUGGGCAUGAAAUUCCAAUAUAUUAAAGAGAUUCUUCUGUACGUUAGUAUACUUUUUAGCCAGUAGUUCUGAAAGUAGCAUUCAUGAGCCAAAAGUGGUCCCUGAAAAUUGCAUACUACGUCACAUGUGCAGAUAUGUGCACCACGUCAUUGCUCUCUCUCUCUCUGCUGUGUCCACUGAGCUGGGCCCGCCCUGCAACCUCAUCGGAUAAUGCUGGGCAGGCCUCUUGCUAGCUGUCACUCAAAUGUGAGAGGCUGAAGCUCAUUGGCUAGAACUCAGAGCCCACAUGGAGGGAAAUGUAGGGAAAAUAGCACAGCACAGCUUCAAUAAAACAGUCGCUUUCAAACUAGGGAUUUCAUGUCUAAUUGAGGUAAGACAGUAUUUCUGCUCAUAGAUUAUGCAUGUAUGAACUACACAUUGACACAUCUAGCCCAAAGCGGGAGGUUUAAAAAAUACUUUGUUAGUCGCCAAAGUACCAGAGCAUGUCUUUAACUGUAUUCCCCAGCUAUGAUCUCAUUUAAUUAUACCUACAAUGAGUCAAAUGGAAUAAAAGCUAGAGCCUCUCCGGUAUAACAACAACCUUACGGGUAAUGAAGGCCCAGUGAUCCAUCUGAGCACUUCAAUAAUAGACUGGUGAGCAAGCCUGUCCCUGGGGCUAUUGCAGACUACAAUGCUGCCAUUAAUAACGGAAAGUACUGUUAAGACAGAAAGAUACCCCAUGUCAGUUCAAACAAAACUCAUUCUCUCUGUCAUACCACCCAGAAAUGUGGUUCCCUCUAUUGCUCCUCAAGUUGCGCUGUGUAUGCAAGUAUAAACCUUUUCCCAGCCAUAUCAUGUCAUUGGAUUAACCUAUAUCCAAAUAAGGUAAACACUAAACAGCUGAUAACAGUUAUAGUAAAGGUUAAAGUAAACCUUUACUAUCACUUAACAGAUACAUUGAGUACAGUAGAUAUGUUGUAAUGGUUGAAUGUUCACUGGAAUACAAUAGUCAGUAGUAGCUGGUGUCACUAAAUCGGAGGACGGCUCAUUGUAAUGGCUGGAAUGGAAUGGUUUGAUACCGUUCCGUUGAUUUCAUGUCAGCCAUUACUACGAGCCGUCCUCCCUUCACCAGCCUCCUCUGAGUAGAGUAGAUGAUACAAAGUAUGACAUGAUCUUCACAAAACUCAAUCCAUAUUGUGUGGUUUGUCCUCAGGGAGGCGUCACUGUUUGGGCGAGCAGCUGGCCAGGAUGGAGAUGUUCCUGUUCUUCACCACCAUGCUGCAGCGCUUCCACCUGCAGUUCCCCCCCGGCACAGUGCCAAGCCUCACCCCCAAACUUGGCAUGACCCUGCAGCCGCUGCCUUACUCCAUCUGCGCCGUCCGCAGGCAGCAGUGACAGAUUCUCAGAAUGCACUUCCC